AUGGUGGACAUAACGUCAGGGACUAACAUUAAUGCUCAUGACUACAAACAUAUACCACCGCAAACGAAGUCAGUAGAAUCGCCAAUACAGGAGCCAAAUUCUUCGGUUCCCGAAGAUUGUGAGUUGACUGGAGAAUGCACCUGUGUCAUCGGAGAAUGCGAACCUUGUACUGCAUUAGAAUUGACAUCAGGAGUUUCUUAUUGUGGAGUGAAUGGUUUGCCUGGAAACAAAGAGGAGAUUAAGUGCGAAUGGAAUGAUACAUCAAAAAAUGGUAGUUUGCCUCAAGGUCCUCAAUAUCGGCCAUGUCGACGAGUUAAAAGAUUUGAAAAAGCAAAAUACAUUGAAUUUCAGUUUGUUAAUAUAUUCAUUGCAUGUAUAUCUUGUGCUAUUCUGUAUUAUCGGAGGCAAAAACUCACUGCGGAUGGUUAUAGAAGGUUGGCCAGACGUAUCAAUG